AUGAAUACUGUCGACUCUUAUAAAAUCGGGUGGAUUGCUGCUCUUCCCAUCGACCGUGCCGCAGCCAUAGCUGUGCUCCAUGAGCGCCAUGAAGCACCCGAAGAAUUCGAGCAACACCCGUUCGACACAAACUCAUACAUUUGGGGCCAGAUAGACAGGCAUAACGUCGUCAUAGCUUCACUUCCUGCCGGUGUCCCCGGAACUCGUUCUGCAGCGGUUACGGUAGCAAAGUUCCUCUCAUCUUUACCUCAUAUUAAGAUCGGCCUGUUGGUGGGCAUCGGGGCGGGUGUCGCUCGACCUGAUCAAGGUCAGGAUAUCCGCCUCGGUGAUGUCGUUGUCAGCCAGCCUCAAGGACGAACGGGAGGCGUCAUCCAAUAUGACCUUGGAAAGGCCAAAACAGGACAGGUAUGGGAACCCAAAGGCAUUUUGAACACACCUCCCUUGGUCCUCCUUCAAGCGGUGGCGGCUCUACAGGCAGAGCAUGAGGUCAGUUCACCAAGGAUUCCAACCACUCUCAAAGAGAUGUACAUAAACAAUGCACAGUUAUGGGCGAUCACUCCUCUAGUACACCGGCCCUCAACUCAAGGCUCAAAGUAUAUGCACCAAGGAUUUGAGAAUGAUCGGCUCUUCAAAGCAACAUUUGAACAUGUUGAGGGUGAUACAUGCGCCAAUUGCGAUCCAGCCUAUGAGAUUAAGCGUGCAGCACGCGGUGCCGAAGACCCAUGGGUUCAUUACGGCAUAAUUGCUUCUGGAGACACCAUAAUUGAGGACGCCGCCACUCGAGACAAAAUUCUAAGUGACGUCGGAGAAGACAUUCUUUGCUUUGAUACAGUAGCGGCUGGCGUAAUGCAUAGCUUCCCUUGUCUCGUCAUCAAAGGGAUAAGCGACUACGCAGACUCUCACAAGAAUGAUCAAUGGCAACGAUAUGCAGCUGCAACAGCAGCCGCGUAUGCAAAGGAGCUUCUUGGCUGGAUUCCUGGAGGACAGCACCCAAAAAUGGGAUCAAUCGAUGAAAUUUCACUGCGUUAG